AUGAGCAACACAAAGAAAACAGGAGAUGUUGAUAUUAAAACGAGCUUGCUGGUCCGAUUUCUGGACAACACGUUCGGAAAUACUAGAUCAACGAUAGGAGCAUCCUUUUUCAAGAAAUCAAUCCCAAGCAAAACUGGAAAAGGAUCCAUAGAGCUUGGUCUCUGGGAUACAGCUGGUCAGGAGAGAUAUGACUCUCUGAGCUCUUUUUACUGUCGGCACACGAACGUAGCCUUGAUUUGCUAUAAUGUUACAGAUGAAUCCACAUUUCACAACAUUCAAAAAUGGUAUCACAAACUUGAGACCAGUGUACCAGCAGAGGAUUGUUUUGUUAUUUUGGUUGGAACUAAAUCAGACUUGGGCAAACCUGUAAUUACAGAAAAAAAGUGGAAGAUUUGA